AUGUUUGGAGGUAAAAGUAAAUCAUCAUCACCAUCAAACAAAAAGAAUGAUAGUAAUAAGUCUCCACCUGGAUUGAAUGAUGGAGGAGGAGGAUUAAAUGAUUUGAUAGAGGAUAUUGAUAUGAAUCAAAUCGAUGGUAUGCUUAAAAAGGAUAUCAGGGAAGAUGAUAUUACAUUGACUGAAGAUGAUAUGGAUGAUCCUGAAUUACUAUCACAACUAUCACAAAUUGAAAGUGGUAGAAAUCUUGUAAAGCCACAACAACAUCAACAACCACAACAACCACAAGCAGCUGCACCAAAGAAAUUACCAGCUCCACCUCCGCAAGUGGCAAAGAAGAAACAAUUAACCAAAGAAGAAGAGGAAGAAAGAAUGUUGAUGGAAUUUGGUGAUGGUGAUGAUAUGCCAAGUAUCGAAGAUGACGAUGAUGUAGAUUUUGAAGAACAAAUAGCAACUUUAAAAGAAAGAAUCGUAAACUAUAAACGUGCUGCAAUGGCUGCAAAUCAAGGUGGUGAUAAAACAAAGGCUGUCAAUUUAAUGAGAUCUGUCAAGUUGUUGGAACAAGCUAUCAGUGAAUUGGAAGAUGGUAUACCUGUUGAUACAAAAUCAUUACCACCACCAAUUGCUGCAACAGUUACAAUUGCACCAACUACACCAACAACAAGACCAAGUGGUAAUAGUUCACCUACUGCUACUUCAUCAUCUGCAUCAUCAAGUGCAUCAUCAUCUCUAAGAUCAACACCUGUUACUUCAUUGUCACCACCUGUUAGAUCACCACCAAAGGUUGAAACAAUGUCAAAGGAAAAGGUAGAACAAGAGGAAAGAUUGGCAACUUGGGAACUAUUUGAAGAGGAGUAUAAAAAGAAACAUCAAAGUUUGACCAGUGAAGCUUUGAAAUUAAAAACAAUUGAUAAACAUAAAGCAGUUGUUUUAUACAAGGAGAGUAAGAGUAUUCAAGUAUUGAUAGAUCAAAUAGAAAUAUGUAAAAAUGCAAUUUCAAAACCACCUCCAUACCACUACGAAGACAAGGUUACACAGACAGAGAUUAUUGUUCCACAUCUCAAAGAGACGGAAUUGGAGAUUCUGAUUGGAAAGAUUGAGUUGCCAAAGGCAGCCGGUGCAGUAGACACUUAUAUUCAAGCAGAGCUGCCAUAUCCAUCAGCCGAACAACCAAUCAAGUUCCAAACAGGCACUACAAGUGCAUCAACGGCCAACUACAACUAUAAGACCAUUGUACAGAUUGAAAGAAAAAAGACACUCCAAAGAGUCUUGGAGAAAAAGAAACUAUCCCUUACCAUCACCUCCUCUAAAAUGUUUUUCAUGAAAUCAGUCAUCGGUAGAUGUGAAGUUAAAUUAUCAGAUCUAUUAGAUAAAUGUGAAUAUUUUGAAAAGUCUCCUAUAUUAAAAGAAGGAUCUAAAAAAGAAAUUGGUGGAUAUGUAGAGGUAAUCAUUAGAAUGAAGACACCAUUAAAUGGAAAAGAGUACAAGAAAUCAUCGGAAAGAGUUUUAGUGAUUGACGGUGAUCUUGGUAAUAUCGAUACUACUGCAUCAACAACAACUACCACAACGACAAAUACAUCUUUACCAAAAGAUCCUGUAGCUUCUACUACAACUGUACAACCAUCACAACCAUCUCAACCACCAUCACAACCUAAACCUUUAGCUCCUGCACCUACCACUAGUAAACCCGCUCCUCCUCCAGUUACAGCUCCAGCAGCUGCUGCUGUUGAAGACGAUGAGGAUGAAGAUGUAGAGGAUUUAAAUCAUAUCAUUUCAAAUGAUGUAUUUGAGUUUAUGUUAAAUUCUGUUAAUCAACAAAUAGCCCAAUCUGGAGCAAAACCAGAUUUACUUGAUAAGAAACAAGCAUUAGAGAUUAAACAAAUGGUUUUGGAAACACAAGUUGAUUCAGGAAUGUUAACUGUAGAAGGAUACAUGAAACAAUUAGAGGAAGCCAUCAUUCGUGAUAAGAAAUGGGCACAAAAAUUGGUAAAAGAAGGGAAAAAAGAAAAGGCAAUGAAGAUUAUGAGGAGAGUCAAAAUUAUGGAGGCUGAGGUAUCCUCUUCCAAUGAGGAAUAA